AAAAGAAAUAGAUUCAGUAGAUUCACUUCAAAAUAUUUCUGUUCAACAAAAACUUGAGUUAACAGCAGAGAUUGCUCGAGUUAAACAACUUUUAAAAGAUCAAGAAAAUGAAAUCAAACUUUGGAAAGAUAAUUACAAUCAAUUAUUAGAUGAGUUAAAAAAUAAACAAAAUACUAUACUAAAAGAAUCUCUGAAUGAUAUUUUGAAUGAUGAUUUAAAACAAUUAUUAAUAACCGAAAAAAUAGAAAAAAAAAAUUAUAAAGAUUUUAACGAGUUUAAGUCUUAG